AUGGAGGUGUCAAAACUUGUCGUUCCUGCAUCACCCGCGCCGUCGCCGUGCGUGAUCGAUCUUCCUGGCGUGCGCCUGGGGCUGGAACGGCUGGAGAACCGGGCUGAGCCCUGGUCUCUGAUCACGCCUUGGACGGAAGUGGCUGUUUGCGAGCAGGCCAAAGACCUGGCUGCAUCGCCGUCCAAAGGCGUCAAGGGUUGGCGAAGACAACAGCCGCGCUUGCUCCAGCGAUCGAACCAGUGGACAGUGCUGAAGUGA